AGCUCCAAUAGAGGCUCAAAGUUAGCCCCUAGUCAGCUCGUUCCCAUCCGCAAUGGACUCCAGACACAGAAGAGCUCAUUGAGCUCCUGAUUGGAUCGACGAUAUCGACGAAUGAUUCUGUACGACAACAAGAGUCUCGCCUCCUUGUGCAAGUGCACUGGCUCAGUCUUCCCAAAGGCAUUCUUGGUGGCUCUUCUGCCAGUUUCAGUCGCAGCGCUGUUGAAGUCGCUUGCUCUCGGUGGCCAGAUAGAUCUGAAUGACUUGGACCUGGUCACAGAUGGCUCAGUGUACGGCUCCUUUGCCUUUGUCCUGGGCUUUACCUUGGUUUUUCGAUGCCAGCAAGCAUAUCAAAGAUACUUUGCUUCUGCGAAAGCUCUGCACAUGAUGAGCUCAGAAUGGCUGGAUGCCUGUGGCAGCUUGCUGUCCUUCAUAAAAGUCUCUAGAGCAAGUGACAGAGAGCAAAGGCGGUAUGAAGCUGUGCUAGUGAGAUUGUUUUGCCUGCUGCAUGCCAUCGCCAUGGAGGAACUUUGUAGCCUUGCAGAAGAGAAUUUUCAUCUUUUGGAUAUCGAGGCCUUUGCAAAGCAGGAUCUCAAGGUUUUGCACGGCAGCAUUCCUGGACCGCAGAAAGUGCAAGUUGUUCUGGUUUGGAUCAAAUAUUUUAUCGUUCAAGGCAUUGACACCGGUCUAUUGUCGAUUCCUCCACCGAUCUUGACGCGUGUUUACCAAGAAAUAGGAGCUGGAAUGGCUGAAUUCCAUGAUGCACAACUCAUUUCAAUGUGGCCCUUCCCAUUUCCAUACGCUCAGCUCUCGCUGCUGUUGACCGUGCUUCAUAUGAUGAUUUCUCCUUUGAUUAUGGUGCAAUACACCAGGUGGGUGUGGUCUGCUUGCUUUCUGACUUGUGUUUCUGUGGUUAGCGUCGUGGCUCUAAACAUCAUAAGCCUGGAGCUGGAGAACCCCUUUGGCGAAGACCAUAACGACCUCCCUGCCAACGAAGUCCACGAUCACUUUCGCGACAGCCUGUUGGUUCUCUCUGAUCCAGACAAUUGGCAAGUUCCUCGCUUGCUGCAGAACGCAACUCUAGACUUUGGACACUUAAAAAAGCGGCGAGAUUCUCAGCGAAACACCAUCGCAGAUUUUCUCAAGGAAGCUACAGAUCCUCAAAAGCCGGAAGUUCUUUUACUUCCUUUCCCAGAGCAAGCAAAAGAGGGUGGCUAUGGUGGCGAAGGACUUGCCCGCCCUGGCGACUUGGAAUCAUGCGAGACCCAUGCUGCCCACGCCGCACAGGUCGCCGCGGCACAGGAAGCAAGACUUUUCCAAUAUCUUGAGAAAGGGCUUGAGCGGCAAGCACUUUUGCUGGAGACAUUCCUGGCAAAGCAGACGGGUAUCUUCGAACAGCAUGCGCACGUUACAAAGUCCCUGGCAACCACAAAGGCUCAUUCGCCGCCUUCAGUUUUUGCUGCGCCUCUGGAACAGGAAUUCUGUGGUUGCACCUUGAAGCGGAGGAGCCUUCCUUGCACAAGCAAAGACAUAAGAAGACAAACAUCUCUAUCAUACAAGAGAUAAAGUUCAAAACAAGCAACAAGAUAAAGCGAAAGCUGGAAAGCGAAGCAGCUGAACAGAUAUUGGAAACCUGCCAGGAAGACGUAGUUUUGCUAAAUGCGUAGAGAAGCUUGUCGUUUGUAUUGUGUCAGUCUGGAAGUGGAGUGGUUGUGUUCGGAAGUGCGCUCUGGGUAUGGUACCUGUUCGCAACCGCUUGUGUCAAGCCGCUUGCAUGCUGUGUCUCAUUCCUUCCAGUGGGAUUCAUUUCGUUUCAUUUCCCUGCACAGGUGCCUGCAACCUAAUAGCGAUGGCCUCCAACCUAGGUUUUUGGAGGUGUUGAAUGUAGCUUGUGCCCUUUUGGUAUUUGCUUUUGGGUUUGCUUCGAUUCAAAGGUACAAUUUGCCGCUGUAGCUGAUGUGCACAAGUUUAGAAUCCCAAACCCAUUUCAGUGUGCUGCAACAUUUGCUAUACCUAUGAAAAUUGGAUAAAAUUGGGGCAGGUGCAGUACUUCGUUUGUGUUGGUGGUGUUUGGGUUGUAAAGUAUGCAGAGGAAUCCUGAGAUUGCUACAUUUCGUGAAGGUUUAUCGCUGUGCGGUAGGAAUCUUCCUUGGCUGUGCAUCGGCAGGGCUGUGCAGGCGUUUACUUGCAACAUAACAAGCCAUCAUGACAAUGACAUACGUUAUGAUGUUAAUAAAGGCGUGGGCAUGCGGUUUGGCAAGCUUUAAGCUGAAGGCCCUGCACUUCGCCACCUUGCAAAUCACCACAUGUCACUGCACGAUGCCAGAGACCACCACACCCAACUUCACCAUGCAAAACCCUGAAUUUCGGCGCAUCACACAUCACCACUUGGUCGAAACGAAACUAGCAGGUGGGAGGCAAUCGCUAGUACGUUGGAGAAUCUGGAACAAGAAGCUACUAGGGGCUCCUGGCAUCGCCACUAGGAGCAAGGACGCUACUAGGUAGGGCUCCUGGCCCUGGUUAGAAUACACUAGACAAAAGAAACUAGCAGAUGCUUGGAGCACAGCACUGACAUGACCGGGACGCAAUGAGAGACAGCAAAGAGUGACAAUAAGAGAAAAGGAACAGCAACGAAGCAAUUUGCAAUGAAGUCUUGAAACAACAGGUCCAAGUUUGUGUUUUCUUUACAGUUGGCUUAUGAAGUCUUGAAACAACAUACAGCUGGCUGCUUGCUUCCCAGGUGAUGGACCGGUUUGCGACUGGGGCCAAAGGUUCCAGACGCAUUUCGCACUCUCGAAGUUGCCAAAUAGUGGCAUUUUCAUCCCGGCACAAAAGCUUGGAUGGUCAUGGACACUUGCAGGUUGCAGUAUUUGGGGAUUGUGGCAUAGAGCCUGGCUUUCUACCAACUUUCGGAAUA